AUGUCCUUUGUCGCUAUUUCUACGGCAUAUCCCACACCGAACUUCAGGACGGAACGUACUUCUUUGGUUAAACAUGAUGGGCUUGACUUUGACCUUACUCGUUAUUUAAACGCUAGGGCGCCUGACGAUAUUAGUCAACCUCCCAAGUUCAAAGGACCUGAUGAUCCCGACGACCCUGACGAACCUAAUUACUUUGACUGA